GGCUGAGCGGCGCCGGUCUGGUUGGACCUGAGCGUGCAGGGGAAAUGUGCGGGUUCUGCGGGGCGGGCAUUCCACUUCGAGAAGGGCUACCUUUAAAGGGCCUUCCGAGCGAAGGAAGCCUUCAGAACCUUGCGGGGCACAAAGUCCCAAGGCAAGACGUACUCACAUCCUGGCUGUCUACCCUUGAAACAUGCCAGAUCAGUGUCCUGUUAGACGACGAUGGGAGAGGCCAGCUGUCACUGCUCCCUGUUGGCCCAUCUGUUCCUCAGACCCACUCAGAAAGUGUCUGAAGAGCAAUUUUCCAUCCAAAUUUGAUGAUCCUAUAAUGGUUCCUCUUCAAGAAUUUGCAUGGGAUCAAUAUCUACAGAAGAAGAAAAGGGAACUUAAGAAUGAAGUCUGGGAAUAUUCUUCCAAUGUCAUGUGUUUUAUUAAUGAUCUGCUGCUGGGUGAUGCACUUGAACUUCAGAAAUGGGCCCACAAGGUGUGGAAUAUGAUUGACUUUAAGCCUCCUGCACUUUAUGAGGCACUUACUAUGGAUUUUUCUACUAAAUUCUUAAGCGACACCAAGCAUGAUUUUGUGUUCUUGGAUAUUUCUAUUGGUCUUCAUCCAAUUGGAAGAUUGGUUUUUGAGCUAUACUGUGAGGCAUGUCCCAAAACAUGUAAAAAUUUUCAGGUCUUGUGCACAGGAAAAGCAGGGUUUUCUCAAAGUGGCAUCAAGCUACAUUAUGUCGGUUCGAUUUUUCAUCGAAUAGUAAAGAACGCUUGGGUACAAGGAGGAGAUAUAGUGGCUGGAAAAGGAGAUGGUGGAGAGUCAAUUUAUGGGCCAACAUUUGAAGAUGAAAGCUUUUCAGUUCCUCAUAAUAAAAGGGGAGUUCUUGGAAUGGUCAACAAAGGCCGUCACAGCAAUGGUUCACAGUUCUACAUCACGCUACAAUCAGCUCCCUAUCUAGAUAAAAAAUAUGUGGCUUUUGGGCAAUUGAUUGAAGGAACAGACGUUCUUCAACAACUGGAAUUGGUUCCAACAGAGAAUGAAAGACCAAUACAACAAUGUACAAUUAUUGACAGUGGAAGUGUUUAUGCUUGAUUUUCAAAUCAGUAUUUUCCGAGUUUAUUAUGUAUCUGAUCAGCUGUUUCUAGAUUUAAUUAAACCAUGCUUGAUAAAAUGUAA